AUGAGUGCCGUGACGAUGCACAAUGUAGCAUGGCCGGCUGUUGCGCCCGCGUCGAUGCACUAUCCGCCCAGCACCUACCGCGCAGUACCUGUCUACCCGCCUGAGCUGGGGUACGAUGCAGCACAGCGCGGCUACGACGCGUAUACGGCCCGCGACGACAUCCGUCCGCACAUGGACGAGUCGUUUGUCAAGAAGCGCACUCGCCAACGCGUGUAUCCGAGCGAAGAAGCCAAGCAGGCUGCCAAGAUGCUCCAAAAGGCCCGUCGGCGCGAACAGAACCGAAACGCUCAACGAAGACUACGUGACCGCAAGGAAGAACACAUCUUCAAGCUGGAGGCGGAAGUGGCGCAGUUGAGGAGGCAGGGCGAACAGCAACGUGCCGAGAUGCAGGGGUUGGAAGAGAUGAUCCGUCGACUCAUGGAGCAGCGUUCUGAACUGCGUCACCGACUCGAAGCCCUCGGAGGCGCACCGCCGGGUGAGGCCGACUGGUCACUGGGAGGCGAAAAGUCGGUGAGACUCGCUCCUCUCCUGUCGCUGCCACCGUUGGGCGCAGGUGGGCAGGCUUCACCAUCAGGCAGGGCGUCGCGCAGGGAAACGCUGGCUGGCAACGCUCUCGGGCUUGAAUACGAGAUGCCCAGUCAGUCGACAUCCUGGAGUGCCUCGCCGAGUUUAGGUGAUCGGGAGAGACCUGCUGUGUCACCGGUCCAGUCGAGCGCGUCGUCGGCAUCCGUAUCGACGCCGCGCUCGCCAUCCUCGCUCGGGGUGUCGGAACCUCGCUCGCGCACGACGAGCUUCCAUGCAACCGGACUGCGCAAGUCGCAACCGAACUUCGACUUGCCGUUGCCGAGACUCAAGAUGGAUGCAUCCAACCCGCUCCUGCCACCGGCGCUUAUGCCGUUGCCCCCAGUCACCGCGCCCUGGCCACACCAGUGA